AUGUUGACUAAAUACUUCACAAAGGUGACUGUGAGGUUCAACCCAUUCUUGAAAGAAGCCAAACCCGCGAGGUUGUUCUUGUCCUCGAUACCGCCCUCCAUGAGACAGUCAUGUAUUAUAGACUUCAAGAUUCUGAGCGAGCAGUCCAAGGAGAAACCGAUCAUCUCCGUGACAUUCAAGGAUAAGGAAGUGCUGGAGGUGAACCCUUCCGAGAUGAAUUUUGCCGACAUAGCGGACACCUUCGACCGUCACGCCAAAAAAAUCAGAUUCAAGGAGCAGAUAGAGUCUUGA